AUGCAUCUCUCUAGCCAGUUUUUACGUUGCCUGGCCGUUGGCCUACUUCUCCGAGUCACCAUUGCCCAAGAUCCUAGCCCCGGCGGUGCCACCCAUCCCGGUCAGCCCGAGAACUGCAACGGAUGGCAUACUGUGGUCAAGGACGAGAAUUGCCAGAUCGUGGCCAGAGCCUACGGCAUCUCCAUGGAACAGUUCUUUGAGUGGAACCCCGCGGUUUCUUCCGAUUGUCUCAACAACUUUUGGGUCGACUCGGCUUACUGUGUGAGGCUGGGAAAGGACACUUCCAGACCUGCUACGUCCACUCUUCCUACCUUCACGUCUAAUUCCAACAUCCAAACUUCCUCCGCCUUGGAUAUCACGUCUCAGACAUCAUUCACAUCAACCCCCACGACGACGACCAACUCUUACAACUCGACAUACUCAGUCUUACACCCUGUUACCUCGUGGAACGUGUCGACCACAACUAUCGAUAAGGCGUGGCCGCCUACCAAGACGCUCUCGGGACAGAUAGAAAUCUGCAAUGCGUGGUCACGCGUCGUCCCUGGCGACACAUGUCAGCAAAUGCAGGUCAAAUUUGGCCUAAAGUCCAUCGACGAGUUUCUCAGCUGGAAUCCAUCGGUCAAGGAUGAUUGUGAGAUGCUCAUCGCCGAUUACUAUGUGUGUGUCGGCGUCCAGAGGCAGAUAGUAUGGGAGACGGCUCAGCCAGAAUUCACCGAGCCUCCUGAGCCGACCCAGUACACACGCGCCACAGUACCCCCGGCCGACUCGAGCUUUGCGCCAAUUCCAUCUCAUGGGCCUAUGCCUUCAAGCUGUAAAGUUUUCCACCAGGCCACAGCCGACCAAAAUUGCAAUGACAUUGUCACGCAGUACGGUUACUUCUCACAAGAGCAGUUCUUGUCUUGGAACCCAGCCCUGGGAGGCAAUUGCCUGGGCCUUUGGCUCGAUACUUGGUAUUGCGUCGGCGCCUAUGCGGAUGACGAUCGCCCGCUGCCCGCACAUCAAACGGCUAAACCGACCGAGGGCAACAUUCCUCUGGGGUACCCCAACGACUGCGCGAGAUGGUAUAAGACAACCUUCGAUGACACAUGCGACCUCAUCGCUCUCAUGUUUGGCAGUUUCAGUAAGGCCGAGUUCGCGAAGUGGAACCCGACCGUUUUCGGGGAUUGCAGCGGUAUCGUUAUAGACGCAUGGUACUGUAUAGGUCGCCCAGACACAGCGACAACACGGACUCCAGGCGCGCCAUCGCCGACGCAAAUAACAGAGUCCACGCAACCUACUGCGUCGACACAGCCGAUAUCCACUACGACGAAGCCGGCGCAGCCAGUGCAGACACCAUCGCCUAUCCGCGAAGGCAUGGUGCAGAACUGUGUGCGCUUCCACCUCCAGCAGCCAGACGAGUUCUGCUGGGCGAUGGCGUCUGGUGCCGACAUAUCCUUGGAGUGA